AUGGGUCAACCGCGGGACGAUGCUUCCCGGGUCGGUCGUGUGGUCGGCCGUGCGUGUAUGACGAUGGUGUUGAGUGUGUGGGAUGCAGGACGACCGCGGGACGAUGGAUCCCGGCUCGGUACGCAGGCUCGGCCACGUGCAAUGUUAGGCAUUGAUAUCACUAUAUUUUACAUGGUUUUACUUAGUAUUUAUGUGAAACCACCAAAAAGAAUAUGUAAAAAUGAGCAAAAAGGUCUCAAACCAAGUUCCAUGCAAGUUUCCAAGUCAAGAGCAACAUUUUAUCUCCAAGUGACAAUUAUCGCUACCGAGCAGAAACAAAGCUUCGGAAGUUUGGCUACAAACGGAGGAGUUCCCGACGACCAAACGUCACGAUCUUGA